AUGUGGACUCUCAAAUCUUCUGGUCGUGUCGUUGAGAAAGUAAUUUAUGAAUACGCACGAACUUUGACACAUGAAUCUUAUUUACACUCAUUCAUAAUCAAUGAUGUUGAUAUGGCUACUAGAUCACUGUUUUCUGGAGAGGAGUGGAAAGAAAUUACCACCUCAGAAAUUAAAGAUAAGCCGAAACUUGAACAUGAGAAUGUGGAAUUAUUGAAAAAGUACACAGUCAACAAUAUCCAGGAAUUACGAAAAGCUCUUUUUAAACCGUUUGUACCAGAUGGAGAUGAAUAUAAUCGAAAUAUCCAUUUUGAUCUUGAUUUUAUUAAUUACGCUUAUAGAGGAAUGUUAUUUUUGUGGGAGAAGGAGGAGGAUCCCUUUGACCCUCUGAAAUUAGAGGGUUGGUAUGAAAUGGGUGUUUGGAGUUGCUUAGUCGAUCCUGCUUUUAGUAAUUUGAACAUCGAUUUAGUGCGUGGUGAAGGAAUGAGCCUUGCCUCAAGCGAUCGGAAGAAUCAUGAAAGAUCAGUAGCUGAUCGAAAAAUGAUUGGUCGAAAGGGUGAUGGCGUUUUUAGACUGUGUAAGAAACGACUAGAAUUUGGUGCAAUAGAAGCGGGGCGUAAGUGGGAAGGACAACAUGGUACUAAGUACUUAACAGAUUCAUUAAAAUUAUGCAAAAUGUUGAAAGACAUGUUAGCGCAACUUUCUACCGAAUGUGACUGGAUAGAAGACCUUGUGAGAAAAUUGCAAGUGGUUGGGAUUCUCCAAGGAGCUAGCAGAAUUCAAGUUAUUACAAUGGACUAUCCAAAGGGAUAUAUUUUCCGUGUUCAACGUAGAAAGGUUCAUGAAGUAGCUGGACGUUUAAUUAAAUCUGCCCCACUUGCUUUAGUUUUGAAGGAGAUACUAUGUGCAAAAUCCAUCAUCAUACAAACAUUGGACAUAAUAAAUAAGAAGAAUGAUGUUAAUGUUGAGAAUUUUCUUGAUGAUGAUGAACAAGAUGGAUUUUGCACGCCUACAACUAUUAAAGCACCUCCAACAUUCACAACACCAAAUAUAGUGCGUACUAAAGAUAUGAUUAAUAAAAAAAGGAAUAUUAAUUAA